GUCGGACGCCAAGAAGGAGGAGGAGGUGGUGAAGGAGCGAGGCUCGGUGCCUGGGGCCUCCUGCAGGCGGCCGGCUGUUGCGCGCUGUCGGGCUACGCCGUGUGGGCUCUGCUUCUCAUGCCGGGCUUCCGCCGCGUCCCCCUGCGCCUCCAGAUCUCCAGUAGGGGCGGGUCAGGAAGUUACAAUUAUUCUCAGCCUCGGUGUAGAGUGGCACACGAGUGGGACGGGUCUGUCAGGGAAGACCUCGACAGUAACCGCUGCGGAUUCUGGCGCAAGGAAGGAGGCGAUGGCGAGGUGCAGUGGCGUCCACGAUUGUCACCUUGCCCACAGCACGGUCCCCUACCUCCCUGCCAGCCCCCAGCAGGUGAAUAACGUGAUGAGGCUGCUCGGGGGUCGAUCAGGACCCCUCGCGGACCUGGGGUCUGGGGACGGCCGGAUCGUGCUGGAGGCUUGCCGCCGCGGUUUCUCCCCGGCCAUGGGCUAUGAGCUCAACCCGUGGCUCCUCGCCAUUUCGCGUCUCCGAGCCUGGAGAUCCGGCCUAAGUGGGAUGGCCAGUUUCCAGCGACGCGACCUGUGGAAGGUUGACCUCUCGAGCUACAAUAACGUGACCGUGUUCCUGGCCCCAAGCGUGCUGCACCAGCUGGAGCACAAGCUGGCCACCGAGCUGCCGGACGGCGCCCGCGUGGUCGCUGGUCGCUUUCCGCUGCCGACGUGGGCCCCCGCUGCCCAAGCGGGAGACGGGGAACAUCGGGCCUGGCUCUACCACGUGCAGCGGUCCGACGGCACCCACGCGGAGCCAGGCCAACUCCCAGGGAGCCACAACAAAACGUAGAGGAGAGUGACGCGGCCCACAGGUUGCCAAGGGGGGACCCGAGUACUCCCUUCACGCUGGCAUAUCCGUGCCGAGCCAGUGCGGGGUCCCCACGGUACGGGUUCUUUUCCACUGGCUAUUUGACAUGCCUAGUCGUGACCAAACCGUAGUACGCUGGCACCACAAGAAAUCUGAAUCUACCUCUGGGGGUCAGGCAGGGUUACCCACAAGGUCAGUUACGCACGUCUCGACGUCAAACGUCACGUGUGCGAUAUUGGCGGCACGGUUUUGGUUACGUAGUGGAAAACGACGUGCACCUCCUGAGCCGCACUGGCCUGCUUCAGUCAGGCUCGGCAUGGCUCAGAUGCGCCA